AGUGAGGAUAACACAUGGGAGCCGCAAGACAACCUGGACUGCCCCGACCUCAUCGCCGAGUACAUGCAGAAACACAAGGAGAAGGAGGAGAAAAAGAAGGAGGGCAAGAGGAAAGUUGUCAGCGAGGCCUCGGGAGACUCCGAGGAGCGAGGGAGCAAGAGGAAGAAGGAGGAGGGUGAGAAGGCCCGAGGUUUUGGCAGAGGUCUGCAGCCGGAGAGGAUUAUUGGAGCGACAGACUCCAGCGGAGAGCUGAUGUUCCUCAUGAAGUGGAAGAACUCUGACGAGGCCGACCUGGUCCCAGCCAAGGAGGCCAACGUCAAAUGUCCCCAGGUGGUCAUCUCCUUCUAUGAGGAGCGCCUCACCUGGCAUUCCUACCCCACAGAGGAGGAGGAGAAGAAAGAGGAGGAGAAAAAAGACUAGAUGAGUGGAGGAGGUGGUGGUGGUGGUGGUGGAGGAGGUGCAAAGAGGAAAAGAAAGAAAGAAAGGAAGGAAGGUGCAGGGCGGGAAAUCAACUAUUUGUUGGUGAACUGUUUAUUGCCGGCAUUUGAUUCUGGCAGCCACUUUGGCAGCGUGAGUGGAGAAAAUCCAGAUCGUUGGGAUUGAACUGCCAAUGUAGUUGACAGAGGAAAGCUGUUUGUUUUCCUGCCCUGGAAGGUGACUGGAGUCCUUUCCUCAAAAGAUGUUCCCACCAGUAUCUUGACUGAAAAUGUAAUUUUUUUGUUUUAACAGGUAUGUUGAAACUUAGUGUCUCUCUCUUUUUUUUUAUGUUUUUCCCUCAUCAAGAACAUGUCACCUUAUGGGAAAUGGUGCCUUUCUUCUGCUAGUAUUCCUCCUUGGCGUCUCAAGCUGAAUAUUAAACUAAAUACAGUGAAAAAUGACUAUAAAAGUAUUUGUCCCCCACAUUUGGUGACAGGUGCCUGGUGUUGGAAACACAGGGUUACAACGGAAGCUGUCGAGCUACCUCUUUAACAUGUGAAGCGAGCUGAAUGUUUGGCCGUGGCUGGCAGGUGUCUCUCCUCCCAAUCACCAAUCCUGAUUGACCUAGGAGAGCAUACACUUCCCAUCAUGCUUUGCCAGGAUACAUUGGAGGGAACUUCUUUUGGAACGGAAUGAAGUGAGGCGGGGUAUUAUGGGGGAGGGAAAGAAUGAACAGAAACCAUUUGUCUGUUUCAGUAUCUGUUCUCUUUGUGCCACCUGAAUUCUCAUUAUUUUCUAUGUUCUUUUAAUUGAACUUUUGAAACGCCAAAUUACUGUACAUUUCCCUCGGACAUGGGCAGUUUUGACAGAAGAGUUGGAUCUACACAAAAAACGUUUUGUCCUUGCAUGUCCUACCAGCCAAUGUGGCAGCCAACCAGCCAGUGUUCAAAUGCCCCGAGCUUUAAAUUUGCUUCCUGGCCAAUUCUUGUAUUAAAACUAAUAACCAAAUCUGUAUUUUAUCCCUAUUAAUAUACUAGAUUGAUUAGUUGAGGUUUCAUGCUCAUUUGAUGGAGGUUCAGAGGCAAACCUGUAGCUUUUCUGUGAAUGUAGAACUGUCAAACUGCCGUAUUUCAUGUGACACAAUGAUUUUUGUGUGUGUAUAAAUCAGGACAUUGCACUCUCCUAAUGCAAGAUAGUCUUGGUGUUUUCUUGAAUACAUUCAGGAUAGCAGUUAAUCACAUGGCACAAGUAAGCAACUUAACAGCCAUUAUCACUUGUUGACUAGGCAGUACUUGUCUAGUGGGAAGCCGAACGGGGCCAGAAGCAAAAUGACAUGGAAUGAUGCUAUGUAAGUGCACAGACUCCUGUUCAUUUCCUCUCAGCUGGGGCUGUUUGACCACCAAACGUAUUUUAUCAAACUGGUUUUUAAUGGAACUAAGGCUGGUUGGAUACCUGCCGAUUUGGCUAGAAGAGUAAAACCACCAUCUGUCAGGUUGUAAUUGUCCACACUGAUGGCGACGAGCACACUGGAUGACAUCGGGGCGAGGAGUUGCCCGCUUGAAAAAGCUGAGAUUCCCUUUAACUUGUAGAUGAACGAGGGCAAAGCGUCAGGAUUCGACAGAAUGAUUCACACACAAACGCAUCGUACAACUAGACUGCUGUGCUUUAAAUCUGCAGUUUUCCACUUCCACGCACACGCUGACUGUGUGUUGAGCACACAGCUCAGGGGUGUGGAGCUUAGUUGGAGUGAAAGUCUGCAGGCUCUCGGCCUUUCUUUUAGGUUUCUUAUCCCUGAUGUAAACUUAACCAGAGCACCACUGUCCUGCUAAAGUAUAUUUUUUUAAUCCAUUGCUUCUGGAAAUCAGAUACAGGGUGAACUUGCUUUUAGGACGCCAAAUUUGCGAGAGUGGGUACCCAAUGGGGGCUUAAUAUAUUGAGUUGCCGUUGCAAGCUUUUCUGAUGGCUGAUCAUCACACAUGUUCUUCUGGGAAAUAAAGGCACCUCCUUCUUUUGAUACUGUUGUGCUCAGUGUCAGUGAUUCUCUCUCUUCCCCCCCCCCCCC